CCCAAGGUGCUGCCGUUGCCCAUACAACUCGGACUUGCUGUUGCCCGAGUCGCGUCUGCACGGGUCUCGGACCGAGCGGAGCUCGCAGCCUCGGUCCCGGAGCCCACCCUCGCCUCGCCCUUGCCCAGCCUGCGGUGAUGGAGGCGGCCACCGCGCUGCACCCAGGCCCGCGCCCGGCGCUGCCCCUCGGGGGCCCGGGCCCGCUGGGCGAGUUCCUGCCUCCCCCCGAAUGCCCGGUCUUCGAGCCCAGCUGGGAAGAGUUCGCGGACCCCUUCGCUUUCAUCCACAAGAUCCGGCCCAUAGCCGAGCAGACUGGGAUCUGUAAGGUGCGGCCGCCGCCGGAUUGGCAGCCACCAUUUGCAUGUGAUGUUGAUAAACUUCAUUUUACGCCACGUAUCCAGAGACUGAAUGAAUUGGAGGCCCAAACUCGUGUAAAAUUGAAUUUCUUGGACCAGAUUGCAAAGUACUGGGAAUUACAGGGAAGUACUCUGAAAAUUCCACAUGUGGAGAGGAAGAUCUUGGACUUAUUUCAGCUUAAUAAGUUAGUUGCAGAAGAAGGUGGAUUUGCAGUUGUUUGCAAGGAUAGAAAAUGGACCAAAAUUGCCACCAAGAUGGGGUUUGCUCCUGGCAAAGCAGUGGGCUCACAUAUCAGAGGGCAUUAUGAACGAAUCCUCAACCCCUACAACUUAUUCCUGUCUGGAGACAGCCUAAGGUGUUUGCAGAAGCCAAACCUGACCACAGACACUAAGGACAAGGAGUACAAACCCCAUGAUAUUCCCCAGAGGCAGUCUGUGCAGCCUUCGGAAACGUGCCCUCCAGCCCGACGAGCAAAACGCAUGAGAGCAGAGAGACAGAGUCUCGCUCUGUUGCCCAGGCUGGAGUGCAGUGGCGCAAUCUUGGCUUACUGCAACCUCCGCCUCCUAGAUUCCAGCAAUUCUCCUGCCUCAGCCUCCCAAGCCAUGAAUAUUAAAAUAGAACCCGAGGAGACAACAGAAGCCAGAACUCAUAAUCUGAGACGUCGAAUGGGUUGUCCAACUCCAAAAUGUGAAAAUGAGAAAGAAAUGAAGAGUAGCAUCAAGCAAGAACCUAUUGAGAGGAAAGAUUAUAUUGUAGAAAAUGAGAAGGAAAAGCCCAAGAGCCGAUCUAAAAAAGCCACCAAUGCUGUGGACCUGUAUGUCUGUCUUUUAUGUGGCAGUGGCAAUGAUGAAGACCGGCUACUGUUGUGUGAUGGCUGUGAUGACAGUUACCAUACCUUUUGCUUGAUCCCACCUCUCCAUGAUGUUCCCAAGGGAGACUGGAGAUGUCCUAAGUGUUUGGCUCAGGAAUGUAGUAAGCCACAAGAAGCAUUUGGCUUUGAACAAGCAGCCAGGGACUAUACCCUCCGUACUUUUGGGGAAAUGGCAGAUGCAUUCAAAUCUGAUUACUUCAACAUGCCAGUCCAUAUGGUCCCCACAGAGCUUGUUGAGAAAGAAUUUUGGAGACUGGUAAGCACUAUUGAGGAGGAUGUCACAGUGGAAUAUGGAGCUGACAUUGCCUCAAAGGAAUUUGGCAGUGGCUUUCCUGUCCGAGAUGGGAAAAUCAAACUCUCACCCGAGGAAGAGGAGUAUCUUGAUAGUGGCUGGAAUUUGAACAACAUGCCAGUGAUGGAGCAGUCUGUCCUUGCACAUAUUACUGCUGAUAUAUGUGGCAUGAAACUUCCUUGGUUGUAUGUGGGAAUGUGCUUUUCUUCAUUCUGUUGGCAUAUUGAAGACCACUGGAGCUAUUCAAUUAACUACUUGCACUGGGGUGAACCAAAAACCUGGUAUGGAGUCCCAGGGUAUGCUGCUGAGCAGCUAGAAAAUGUAAUGAAGAAACUAGCUCCAGAACUCUUUGUGUCCCAGCCGGAUCUCCUCCAUCAGCUUGUGACCAUCAUGAACCCCAAUACCCUGAUGACUCAUGAAGUGCCUGUUUACCGAACUAAUCAGUGUGCUGGGGAGUUUGUGAUUACAUUUCCAAGAGCCUACCACAGUGGUUUUAACCAGGGUUUUAAUUUUGCUGAGGCUGUUAACUUCUGCACUGUUGAUUGGCUGCCAUUAGGCCGACAGUGUGUGGAGCAUUAUCGCUUGCUUCAUCGAUAUUGUGUGUUUUCCCACGAUGAGAUGAUCUGCAAGAUGGCUUCCAAGGCUGAUGUACUAGAUGUUGUAGUGGCUUCAACUGUUCAGAAAGACAUGGCCAUUAUGAUUGAGGAUGAGAAAGCUUUAAGGGAAACUGUCCGUAAAUUGGGAGUGAUUGAUUCAGAAAGAAUGGAUUUUGAGCUGUUGCCAGAUGAUGAACGUCAGUGUGUAAAAUGCAAAACUACAUGCUUCAUGUCUGCCAUCUCCUGUUCUUGUAAACCUGGCCUGCUUGUUUGCCUGCAUCAUGUAAAAGAAUUGUGUUCCUGUCCUCCUUAUAAAUAUAAAUUGCGGUAUAGAUACACGCUGGAUGAUCUCUACCCUAUGAUGAAUGCAUUGAAGCUUCGAGCAGAAUCUUACAACAAAUGGGCCUUGAAUGUGAAUGAAGCUUUGGAGGCAAAGAUCAACAAGAAGAAAAGCCUUGUCAGCUUCAAGGCUUUAAUUGAAGAAUCUGAAAUGAAGAAAUUCCCAGACAAUGAUCUUUUGCGACACCUUCGCCUAGUCACACAGGAUGCAGAGAAGUGUGCCUCUGUUGCGCAGCAAUUGCUUAAUGGCAAAAGGCAAACUAGAUACCGAUCUGGUGGAGGGAAAUCCCAAAAUCAGUUGACAGUGAAUGAGCUCCGGCAGUUUGUAACACAGCUGUAUGCUCUUCCAUGUGUCCUCAGUCAGACACCAUUACUAAAGGAUCUCUUGAAUCGUGUAGAAGAUUUUCAACAGCAUAGUCAGAAACUACUCUCUGAGGAAAUGCCUAGUGCUGCGGAGCUGCAGGACUUGUUAGAUGUCAGCUUUGAAUUUGAUGUUGAACUUCCACAGCUUGCUGAGAUGCGUAUCCGUUUGGAACAAGCCCGUUGGCUAGAAGAGGUGCAGCAAGCUUGCCUAGACCCCAGCUCCCUUACUUUAGAUGAUAUGAGACGUCUCAUAGACCUAGGGGUAGGGCUGGCCCCGUAUUCAGCAGUGGAGAAAGCUAUGGCCCGGCUGCAGGAACUGCUCACAGUAUCAGAGCACUGGGACGACAAAGCCAAGAGUCUCCUCAAGGCCAGGCCACGACAUUCAUUGAAUAGCCUUGCUACGGCAGUAAAGGAAAUCGAAGAGAUCCCUGCGUAUCUGCCCAAUGGUGCGGCUCUGAAAGACUCAGUGCAGAGAGCCAGAGACUGGCUUCAGGAUGUGGAGGCCCUGCAGGCUGGAGGACGUGUGCCAGUGUUAGACACACUCAUAGAACUUGUUACACGAGGCCGAUCUAUCCCGGUACAUCUGAAUUCUUUGCCAAGACUGGAAACCCUAGUAGCUGAGGUUCAGGCUUGGAAAGAAUGUGCUGUUAAUACAUUCUUGACUGAGAAUUCUCCAUAUUCUCUCUUAGAGGUGCUGUGUCCUCGAUGUGAUAUUGGCCUUUUGGGAUUGAAAAGGAAGCAGAGAAAGUUAAAGGAGCCCUUGCCAAAUGGAAAGAAAAAAAGCACCAAAUUAGAAAAUCUGAGUGACCUGGAGAGAGCUUUAACUGAAAGCAAAGAGACUGCUUCAGCUAUGGCAACUCUCGGGGAAGCUCGCCUAAGGGAAAUGGAAGCCUUGCAGUCUCUCAGACUCGCCAAUGAAGGGAAAUUGCUGUCACCUGUCCAAGACGUGGAUAUAAAAAUCUGCCUAUGUCAGAAGGCACCAGCUGCCCCUAUGAUUCAAUGUGAACUCUGCAGGGAUGCUUUCCAUACCAGUUGUGUGGCGGUACCCAGUAUUUCACAGGGCCCCCGAAUCUGGCUUUGUCCCCACUGUCGGAGGUCAGAGAAACCUCCAUUAGAGAAAAUUCUGCCCCUGCUCGCCUCUCUUCAGCGUAUCCGAGUUCGCCUUCCUGAGGGAGAUGCACUUCGAUAUAUGAUUGAAAGAACGGUGAACUGGCAGCACAGAGCCCAGCAACUGCUUUCAUCAGGGAAUCUUAAAUUUGUGCAAGAUCGAGUGGGCUCAGGACUGUUAUAUAGCAGAUGGCAAGCCUCAGCAGGACAGGUGUCAGACACAAACAAGGUAUCUCAGCCUCCUGGCACAACAUCAUUUUCCUUGCCUGAUGACUGGGACAACAGAACCUCAUAUUUGCACUCUCCCUUCUCAACUGGACGAAGUUGUAUCCCCCUCCAUGGCGUUAGUCCAGAAGUGAAUGAACUAUUGAUGGAAGCCCAGCUGCUCCAGGUAUCCCUUCCUGAAAUUCAGGAACUUUACCAGACUUUACUUGCAAAGCCAAGCCCUGCUCGGCAGACUGACCGAAGCUCACCAGUGAGACCCAGCAGUGAGAAGAAUGACUGUUGCCGAGGGAAGCGAGAUGGAAUUAACAGUCUUGAGAGAAAACUGAAGAGACGCCUGGAAAGAGAGGGCCUCUCCAGUGAGCGGUGGGAACGAGUUAAGAAAAUGCGGACCCCCAAAAAGAAGAAAAUCAAACUGAGCCACCCCAAGGACAUGAACAAUUUCAAGUUAGAGAGAGAGCGUAGCUAUGAAUUAGUUCGUUCUGCUGAAACUCAUUCCCUGCCCUCAGACACAUCCUAUUCUGAACAGGAAGACUCUGAGGAUGAAGAUGCCAUCUGCCCAGCUGUGAGCUGCCUGCAGCCAGAAGGAGAUGAGGUGGACUGGGUCCAGUGUGAUGGCAGCUGCAAUCAGUGGUUUCAUCAGGUCUGUGUUGGUGUCUCCCCAGAGAUGGCAGAGAAAGAAGACUACAUCUGUGUGCGCUGUACUGUGAAGGACGCACCAAGCCGAAAGUAAAAACACAAAAACAGAUACCCCCCUACUUAAUGUAAUUCAGGACUCCAACCAAGAGGAUUUCUUCAAAUCUCAGCAAAGCUACAGGACUGGUAUUCAAGCCAGCCUGUAAACGGUGCUAUUUCUAUUCCUUACGGGAUCAUUUUUCCAGGACUCUUUGAAGAAAAGAAAAAACAACUAAAAAAAUUUUUGACACUUUUUGUAUUUUUUCCUUAAGAGCUGUUUGUGGUUGUUGAGGUUUAAAAAGCUAACUGUUUUUUGCAGGGGUUCCCACCAAUUUGGAAGGCAUUGAAGCUUGCACCUUUUCAUGUACAGCAUUAAAAUUUUACCUCUCUCUGGGAUUUACCAGCUUAAGAGUCCAACUCACUUCCAGUGCCCAAAAGGGCACCCACCAGAAAUUCCAGUAAAUCCUCAUUUGAGGAAGCGCUCCCUUGUUUACUCUGUUACCACAUUGGGGAAAUUUUUAAGUUUUUCACUUUGGGGGUUUUUGUUUGUUUCUUCUUUUCCUUUAUCCACUUUUCUUUUUCCUGGUAGACUAGGUUUAUUUAUCUGAGCAAUAACUUCUGUGUUGGUUUCAGUGGCUGGAAUUAAAACAAAACAAAACAAACUUCCAAACAGUGUGUUGGUGCUUUAGCGAUUGAUGUACAGAACACAAAUGUCUAGUUUCUAGUGUCACUGAUGAACUAGUGAUGUAGAAAAGAGACUUCUCUGUAAGUAAUUGCCACAGCUGUAUUUUGGCUUUCUCCCUGUCCCUUCCUUUCUCCCCUAUUUUUUGGUAGCUUGUAUCAAAUGUUACAGUUUAUAUUGUGGAAUAAAUCCUUCGUCCUAACAUAACACUAAAUGCUGAUUAUUUAGAGCCAUUAGAGCACAGCUUCUUCUGCCCCUCUACUGUUGCACAGCCAGAAGGGGCUGCUUGCUUUUGCGUCUGCCCAACCAGGUUGCAGUAGCAGUGGAUGUUAGCCUGCAAACAACAUUAGGGGGUUCUUCUUUUGUGUCCUGCUCUGUUUGGUGGGCCAUAUGCCUACAGCCCUCACUAACAAAGAACCCCUCUGUCUUCAAGGACUAGAACCUAUCUUUAAAGCAGUGCUCUUUUAAAAUAAGCUUUCUCAGAAUGUUGGCAAAUCACUUCAGUCCUCAAAUCAGUCCUCCUUGUGGAAUGAUGCCUUUAUUAUAUUUGAAUUGACAGGGGAACUUGGUUUAGGGUUAAGACGUUGGAAGGAAAUCUAAGGAAAAUUAAUCCUCAUAGAGGUCCGGGUUAGUAUAUGUCUUGAGAGGAGACUUGUGAAUUCCCAGACUCUGCCUCCUGGUUUCCUUUCUCAUUUCUUUCAAACUGUAGCUAUCAUUACUGGCUGUGGAUAGCCCAUAGCUAUUUUCCUUGCUUUUCUUUUUUAAAGGGCUCUGUUCUGCAGUGGAGAAGACAUUCUGGUGAACAGACUUUUGCUUACUUUUUCCUAUUCUGUUGCCAAUUUUUGUUUUCCCCAUAUUCUAUAGCCAUAAACCUGAAGAUGAGUACAACUGGUGGGUCUUUAAUAAAACAACAACAAAAACAGCAGUUUGUGAUAUAGCAGAGAUUUAAAUGUACCCUCCCCUUUUAUGCACUUCAAAUAAUUAAAUCUCUUUAAGAAUGA